AGCAAUUAUGAGGACGUUUUCCACUUUGCAAGAAAGAGUGAUACCGUUCUUGGGUGCGGCUCUGCCAAAAUUGACGCAAAAGUUGCAACACGUCGCCAAAAAUCCUUCAAAACCUCAUUUCAACCAUUACCUGUUUGAGACGUUUUCGCUGGCUAUUCGAAUUGUAUGUAAAACAAAUCAAGCAGCAGUUACAUCUUUUGAAGACAUACUGUUUCCGAUAUUCCAAGGAAUUUUGCAGCAAGACAUUCAGGAAUUCAUUCCAUACGUUUUCCAAUCCUGUCUUGCUGAUGGAGCACACGCCGCGGGAUCCGUACCUGAACCGUACAUACAGCUCCUGCCGUGUCUAUUGGCUCCUGUCCUGUGGGAAAGGCCUGCCACAUCAGCCCGCUGGUCAGGCGUGCUGAGCGCAUUCGCUAUCCAGGCGGCGCCACAGAUCAUCGCUCAGGAUAAGUGGUAA